AUGGGCGUGGCACCACCCAUACCAAUUGUGGCCAAUAAAACCAAAAGUUUAUUUUUGGAAUGUUCCUGUUUACAUGCCCAAGAUCACAAUGGUACCUCAACGUCACCCUCGACGGUGGCCUUAAAUGCCUCAACGGUUCGUCAUGCUAAAAAUGAUUGUUUCGUCAUUUUUAUUACCGGUUCGAAUGAGGAAAUCGUGUCAGUGCGCUUUAAACAUUUACAAUUAAGACCCAACUGUUUAGAUUAUAUUGAGAUUUUUCCAUAUUUACGUGAACCAGUUGUUGAAAAUACCACACUACCAGAAUAUAUAUUUUGUAAUCAAACACACACAUCUGCAAUAGUGUCGCCACAAAGUGGCAGCAGCAGCAACAACAACAACACUAACAUCUAUAAUAAAAAUGUGUCCAGUCCAUUUACCAUGUCUAAUAUUGGCUCGUAUGCCAAUAUAUCUUCCACAGCCACUACCACAACCAUCAUGCAUAUAGAUGAUUUACCGCCACAUGAAUUUAUUUAUAGUUCGGGUAAAAUCUUUGCCAUACGCUUGCGUUUCGCUAAACCUCUGCCGCCAAAAAUCGAUAAUUGGUAUUUGAAUGUUAGUGCGGAAUAUCGAUUUUUAAAAAAGGACAAUUUCAAAAAUGAUGGUCGUUUAAUACCCGGCACCUAUUGUGAUUAUUAUUUCUUUGCUAAUCCUGAAGUGCCUCCUCCCGCUUUAGAAAUAUGGAAAUAUUUUCAUUCUCCUCGUUUUCCGGCCAAAUAUCCGGGCCAUAUUAAAUGUUCUUAUAAAUUUAUUGGCAGACCUGAAACUCGUGUUGAAGUUAUAUUUGAAGAAUUACGCAUACCCAAAAAAGGAACAAGUUGCAAUUUAGAUAAACUCACCAUCUUUGAUGCUGAAUCGGCGAAUAUGAAUGCUGUCAUUGAUGUUUUAUGCGGCAUGGUUACUAAUUCACGUCAUAUUCUCAGCACUGGUCCGGAUUUACUAAUUGAGUUCAAUGCCAGUUCUAAUGUAACAUCUAAAGGUUUUAGAGGCAAAUUUAAAUUUAUUCAAAAUGAUAUGUUGAAUAGUAUAGCAACAGAUUCACCCAUUGUUGUUGGAGAAAUUCAUACAUCCCUAAAAAAACAAAGUAACAAUAUUUUGUCAUUUAAUGUUAUGGAAAAUACAAAAGUUUCGAAAGGAUUUAAAGAGGGAAAUUGUAAAGAAAUUUAUGAUUCGCGUUGGAACAAAUCAGGGGUUUUUGAAUCGAAUCAGCUGUUUUCGACAAAUGUCAGAUUGGCCAAUGUAAACAAUCUUGUGCCAUUGCACAACACAGGGCGUAUCGAAUGUGUUUAUGAAUUUUAUGCCAGCGGUGACGAACGUGUUCAAAUUAAGUUUCUCGACUUCAAUAUUCCUACCGAACAUAAAAAUUCCUCGGAAUGUAAACCAAAUGAUUCAUUUCAAUUAUUGACACAAGUUAAAGGAAAAUAUGAAGCUGUCGACUUUUAUUGUGGGGCUUUUCUGCCCAAGCCGAUAAUGUCGAAGGGACCGAAACUAAUGCUGCAAUUUAUUGGUAAAUAUCCUAGUAAUCAACAGAAAGGCGCCUAUUAUGGUUUCAAAGCUGAAUACAAAUUUUUGACAAAUUAUGGUAUAACAACUGGUUAUCAAUUGGGCCACAAUUGCAGUUUCGUUUACAAUAGUACCACAAAGAAAACUGGAUUUUUUACUUCUCCAAAUUUUCCAGGACUUUAUCCGCAAAACAUUGCGUGUCAUUAUUUUUUCUAUGGCGAAUUUGAGGAAAAAGUAAAGAUUAAUUUUAGUUUUUUUGAUGUGGAGGGAAUAGACAGUUGCGGUUAUCAAUCAGCUAGCGAUUAUGUGGAAUUUUCAAAUUUUAUUAGUACGGAUCGUAAAUUUCCCAAAUAUUGUGGUAGACGCGAUAAAUUUGAAAUUCGUUCGGAUGAUCGUUUUUUUAGAGUAUCGUUCUAUUCAAAUGAUCGUUUCGAUCGUAAUGGUUUUCGAGCUUAUUAUGUGUUUGAAGGUAAAUCAACGCCAUCUGAAAAUACAUCAGUACAAAGCUAUACAUCAGUAUUGUCUCAUGGAGCCCAUCAUAAAAUUCAUAAACAUUUUUACGGUCUCUUCAAAUCGACUAUUUAA